AUGCGAACACAGCAGAUCAUUCUCCUCAGCGGCGUCGCGGUCGCGUCUGUCCUCGCCGCCGACCAAGCCGCUGCUCCUACUCUCUUCGAGCGCAGCCCAGCUCCGAAUGCCGUCGACGAGCGCGACCUCCAGGAGUGCUCUUCUGUGGCCAUCAACCUGCUCCCCAGUCUUGUCAACGUCCCCACCGCCGAUUCCUCCCUCCUCAACUUCAUCGCCGGACAGACCCAAUUCGCGACCGCCACGGACCCCUGCGUGUUUCCGGCAGUCACUGGUUCCAUGGCCGAUGAGUACUCCUCGUGGGUCUCCGAACUUGUGACCUGGUACUCUUCGCACACGGCAGACAUUUCGAGCCUCCUUGAGGCUUGCACCGACGUCCCCGAGGUCAAAAGCCAGCUCGACUCCAAUAUUCCCGACCAGGUCACUCUUUGCGACAAACUGACGUGGGCAAGUGAGACGGGCAGUGCCUCCAGCGACAGUAACUCGAGUGAUGCUUCGGGCGACAGCGCGACUGGAACCAACUCUGGCAAUGCUGCACCGCAGCAGACUGGCAUGGCCAUUGCUGCCGCUGCCAUGGCUGGUCUCGUUGUUGUUGGCAUCAACUGA